ACCCAUUGUCACGUACCUUACACUUCAGUCUGUUCACACAGUCGGCAGCCAGUCGACAUGGAGGUCACAGCUCUCUGCAUCAGACUGUUGAUGAAUGUGUUAUUCCUGCUGUGUGAUCAGAAAGUUGAUUCAGUGUCUCUUCGUGUUGAACCAAACAAACUGCAGUUCUUUGAAUAUGACAACGUAACUUUCCAUUGUGAGGGAACAUAUGGUUGGUCUGGAUGGAAAGUGGCACAUAAGGUCAAAAAGGAUUUCCAAUGUAAACUUACAACUGAGUCGUACUGCGUCAUUAAAGAUAUUUAUCCAGAGGAGGGUGGAAAGUACUGGUGUGAGGAUGGAAAGGGAGAGAGAAGCGACAGCAUCAACAUCACUGUCACUGGUGGUUCUGUGAUCCUGGAGAGUCCUGCUCUUCCUGUGACGGAGGGAGACGUCGUGACUCUGCGAUGCAGAAACAAGAACACUUCCUCCGACCUCCUAACUGGUUUCUAUAAAGAUGGCGUCCUCAUCAGUAGCAGCUCUACAGGAGAGAUCACCAUCUGCAGAGUUUCAAAGUCUGAUGAAGGACUCUACAAGUGCAAAACCUCUGAUGGUGGAGAAUCAGCAGAGAGCCGACUGACUGUCAGAGUCUUUGCAGCACCUCACACAGAGACUCCUCCCUGCUCAGACGACAUGUUCUUCAUCUUCAGAAACAUUAUCCCCGUCGUGCUGAUGGCUCCUCUGCUGCUGCUGCUGGGACUGCUUCACUGUGGGAACCUCAGAGGGUCUUGCAGCAGAUGUGUCAUGUGACACAUGAAGAUUCUCACAGUCCACAGAGACAGUCUGCAAACCACAGCUCUUUUUAUUUCUACAUGUAUCAUUUCUCCUUGAUCAGAACUCUGACAAAGCGUUGUCAGACUGACCACAGCAUCUCUACGCCUCUAUGAACAGACUCUGUGGGUUUGAAAUGUGCCGCAUCAGGUCUCACUUUCUGCUUGUAUUUUCUACCUACAAUGCAAAGAAUAAUUGUGUUAUGACCACAUUGUGUUGCAGUCUCAUGUACAGAUAUAUAACUAUAUGUACCUGCAUCAACCUGUUUUGAUUAA